AUGUUUGUGAUGCGGCAUUGGCGUACCGGUCUGUUUGGAGAUAGCUUAUUAAGAGCAGUAUGUCGAAGCGUUCAUCAUUCUAGAGCUAGACAAUUUUCAGAACCAUUAUAUCAACAGAUAGUCAAUGUGAGAAAUAAUAAAUAUAAAUUCAAGUGCCAUCCGUAUGCAACUUAUGAUGCGUUCAAAUGUUGGAACUGUCAAACGGUAUUAGACAUCAGACCUUGUCUGUUUUGUAAAAAUUGCUCAAUAAUUCAGUCAUCCGAAGACCAGAAUUUAAACUAUUUUGAGCUGUUUAAUAUACAUGUUCAGUAUGAUAUUGAUACUGUACAGUUGACAUCAAAUUUUAGAAAACUACAAAACCUUAUGCAUCCCGACAGAUUUUCCAACAAAACUGAAGAAGAACAAUUACUAUCCGAAUCAUUUUCUUCUCUGUUAAACAAAUCUUAUACGACUCUAUUGAAUCCACUUCUAAGAGGUCUUUAUAUGUUAAAACUUGGUGGUUUGAGUAUUGAAGAAGAUUCUAUAACAAUGGAUAGCACUUUUUUAUAUGAAAUAAUGGAUUGGAAUGAAAAAGUCGAAGAAGUUGAUACAAAAGAAUCUCUAGAACGUCUGAAGAAAGAUGUUGAUGAUAUGUUGGUUGUCUUAUACAAGGAACUAUCAAAAGCGUUCAGUGAAAAUAACCAAAAUCAAGCAAAAGUAUUACUAUCAAAAGCCAAGUUCUUUACAACGUUGCUAGAAAAAAUCAAAGAUAAGGAUGUGUUAUAA